AUGUAUCCUGACCAAACGAAAACGUACAUCACCAACAGUAUUCAUACAGAAUUUAAGCUACUUCAAGACCCCCCAUCAAAAGCGGUACAUCCACCCAGGCCACAGUCCAUCCCACAAUCACAGCAUAGAUCAUCGAAAUCUUGCCCAGUUGCUGAGGGGGACGAUAUUGUGCUGGCAGCGCUUUCUUUGGAUGACGUUGCUGAGGCUUUGACAGACGAAUUUUCGAUACCGGGCGAGGUCUUCCUGGUAGUGAUGGAGUGGAACGGUGCUGUUGGAGCCGCUGCAGUAUUGGCAAGUGUCGCUUUUGUAGUGCUGGGCGCGCAAGUUAGCCAUAUUGAUUUACCUGCGGCAAUUGGCAAAGCUAGCCUCUUCACUUCUGGCAGCUUUUCAUCUUCUAUCGAGAGUUUAUCCGUUCCAUCUUUAGUCGCAGUUUCUAUCGAUCGGUUCUUGCGGAAUCUGGCGAAGGAUAUCCAUCGUGCAAUGAAGCUGCCCAUAUCGAGGUUUGGGAUCGAUGUCAAAAACACGGAAAGAGAGAAUCGAGUGAGCUUAUCCAAGUAG